AUGGAGCUAGUGGCUCAGUUACCUAAACUGGAUCUGGAGAUGGUUAAGUUAUUCCUGCAGGAUAAUAACUUAAACCAUCAAACACUUAAAUUACGACGAACAAGCAAACCAGCUUCAAACACUGCGCUUGAGCACAUCGAUGUAACUGAUUUGCAGGUUCUACCCAUGGCUACCAAUCGUAAAAAGAUGGAUGCCAACCUAAAACUAUCCGUUAAAGUAACGGAAAAGCAACAGACAGUUCAGAAGAGCAAAUCUACACCAAAACAACACUCCAUUGCUGUAGAGUUCCUGGUGCAACCAUCAAGAAUAAUCUCGAUGUUCUGCGCCGAAUGUGAUGGUGCAAAAGCUCAAUGCAGUGCAAAAUCGAGAUUGUUGCACUGGGUGCAAAUUAAGCAGCAGACAUGCGGUGAUUUGUCCAAUGAGGAAGAAAACCAGCCGCUGAAAGAAAAUAUAGUGAAGAAAUUUAAAAUCACACGAGAAUGCCGCGUGGUGUUGCAACCGCUAAGUAAUAUUCAAAUUAACUCGUUUGUCGACUCCAAGCCCGUGCUGAAGAAACUACAGAAACAGCCAGUUGCCGUAUCCCCGACUCAGUUGGAAACCGUCCAAAAGCUCUCCAUGUUUCGACUAAUUCGGGAGUACAAGGGCGACAAUGCCAAGGAAUUCCUCAAGUUCUGCACCAAACAUAUGCCCAAGAAAGUGUGCGAGUUCGUUCAGGCCCUGACGAUCGAACAAGCAGAUACAGAUCUGUGGCAUGAGCUGCGCAAAGGUCGGAUUACAGCAUCGCGCAUGCAUGAAGCCUCCCGUUGCACCAUGCUGAGCGGAUCGUUAGUAAACAAUAUAAUGGGCAUUUCGUCAGGAUUUUCGAUGGCCAUGAAACGAGGCACCGAUCUCGAGGGGCAUGUGUUUAGCGAGCUGCAAAAGGAAUACCCCGGGCUGCGGAACAUAGGCCUGGUGCUGGACCCGGAGUUUCCGUGGAUUGGCGCUUCCCCUGAUGGGAUUUGCGACGAAUUCGUGCUGGAAAUCAAGUGCCCGUACACGGCGAAUACGCACGAGAAAUAUGUGGACGUGAACAAGCUCUCGCCGAAGUACUUCGGCCAGAUACAGUUGCAGAUGCACAUGACCCAUAAGACGAAGGCGCUGCUCGCAGUAGCAGCACUGAAUUUUGAAACGACGAAACACAUCACUAAAGUGUGGAUCGACUACGACAAGGAAUACGUAGGUCGCAUUAUGGAAGAAUCGUUUGAAUUCUGGCAGAAGGCCAUAUUUAAAGUGUUGCUCAAGAAGCGCAAUGCCCAAAAACAUAAGUAA